AAUUAAAGUUAUUUUAGCCACAAAUUAUACGUAAAUAAAAAACCUGAAUUCGUUGCAAUCCUACUACUUUAAUCGGUGUUUGGAUAAGUAUUUAACUGCACCAUUAUAAUGAGAUUCAUUACAGUACUGCGUUUUACACGUCUUGGCCGUUGACUUGAAACCCGUGACAUAAUUUCGGGAACCGGUUUUUGGAAAUCGGUGGUUUAAAGUAUGUUUGUGUGACCUUGCUCUUUAUCAUUAUCAUUCGUAUCGUAAUUCGAGCGUCAACUGUGAGUAUUGAGUUAGUACGUUUGGGCAGUUUCAGUGAUAUAACAUCAGUAUUCAGUCCUUAUCAGCAUUUAAUAAAAUGGCUACGAGAUCGCUUCUAAAAUCUACAAAAUUAGGCAUUUAUUCAAGACAAUGUCUAAAGGCACUGGGGCAGCAGCGUACCUUCACAACCAAGCUCACAGAACAGCAACAAGCCGUUCAGGAGCUCGUCAGAAACUUCGCUGAACAGCAUUUGAAGCCUAAUGCAGCCAAACAUGACAAGGAAGCUUUAUUUCCAUUUGAACCCAUCAGACAACUAAAAGAAAUGGGACUCAUGGGUGCGUGCGCCAGCGAAGACUACGGCGGUAUGGGCAUGGACUACUUGUCUCUGGCGAUAGCAGUGGAAGAGCUCUCCCGCGGCUGCGCCAGCACUGGCUUGAUCCUCUCCAUACACAACUUCCUUUACCUAAACUUAGUCAAUGAGAAGGGAACGCCAGAACAGAAGGAGUUUUUCCUUAAGGACUUCACUCGAAACUCUAUUGGUUGCUUUGCGUUGAGUGAGCCAGGCGCGGGCACGGAUGUAGCUGGUAUUAGGACGAGAGCCAAGAAGGAUGGUGACCGCUGGAUCCUGAACGGCACGAAGAACUGGGUCACAAAUGCUCUGGAAGGGAAAGCCCUCGUUACCUUCGCUACGAUCGACCCAGAACUCAGGCAUAAAGGACUUGCUUGUUUCCUGGUACCUGUAGAAACUGAAGGUAUCUUCAGAGGUAAAAAGGAACGCAUCAUCAGUGUCAGGGCGGCGACAGCUUGCACCGUGACCUUGGAGGAUGUCUGCCUUCCUGAGAGCUACAUGGUUGGGCAGCCUGGUGAGGGAUUCAAAAUUGCAAUGGAACAACUCGACCAGGCUCGCAUUGGAAUAGCUGCUCAUGCUGUUGGUAUCGCUCAAUCAGCGCUGGACACAGCUAUCUCCUACGCCAAGCAGAGGGUAGCAUUCGGCAAACCACUGACCAGAGUACCUUCUGUAAAGGACCGCCUAACAGACAUGUGUAUGUUGGUGGAGACGGCCCGGCUAGCGACGUACCGCGCGGCUGUAGACGUGAGCACGAAGAACAGUGCGAUGGCCAAGUACAUCGCGGGACGGAACGCGGCCGCGGUCGCAGACCACUGCGUGCAGAUCCUCGGAGGACGCGGCCUGUCCGUCAAUUAUGACGCUGAACGCCAUUAUAGGGACGCAAGAGGUACGCAGAUUUACGGCGGAGUCACAGACAUACAGAAGAGACUCGUCGGACACUUCCUACUAAAGGAACACGACGCCUUGUGAUCACACAUGGUAACCCAUUCUAGUCUAGCUAAUACAGGGCCUCUAGUGUAUAGUAGCCAGCCAGUACUCCAAUCUGUCAAAUUACAUUGGAUUUUCAACUCUAUUGAAAAAUAAUAGAGUUGGAAAUCUAAAGUAGACAGACAGAUACUCUCUGUCAGUUUUCAUCGGAUUUUCAACUCUAUUGAAAAAUAAUAGAGUUGGAAAUCUAAUGGCAAAAGACAGAAAUGGAUAGGUUGAUCUGCUGGCCAGUUUUUGUGUAGCUUACAGAAAUAAUGAAAUCCUUUUUUCUUCAAUCGUAACCUCGAAUUUAUUAAGGAAAAUCCAUGUUUGAAACAAUGAACUAAGUUAUUUUUAUGAAAUCCGCUAUUUAAGAAAAAUAACUGAAUUUGAUAAGAAAAAUUGACAUUCUAUAAUCCUGUGAAUAAUUGAUGAUAUGAAAAUUGUUAAUGAUAGCUCAAGCAUAAUACUAUUCUUGUAGUAUAUUAUUAUAUUCUUCCAAUGAAGUAGAGGCUCGUUUUUAUCGUUAGUUCCGCAGCUUUUGGCGGCUAAGUCACAAAUAUAAUUAUAAUAGUUUCUUUUUACGGCCCGUUUUAAUUAUACAAAUGUUAUUUCUUUUCUCUGUCCCUGUGGCCAACUUGUAUUCAAUAUUUUCUCUGUUCCUUGUGUCUUCUUCAUUAAACUACUAUGUACCUAUGUAUUUUUAAAACUUUUACAGCGAUGUAUAUGUUACUUAUUCGUUGAAUAUUGGAUUUAGUUUUUCGGCAUAAUACCUAAAAUUAAAAGACUUAAAAAGGUUAAUUUGUCAAAAUCAUUUUUCUUUGUUAUUCUUAAAAAUAAUUGUCGUAAUAAAUAUUAUUAUUAACGUAUUUUUGAGUACAACUGUAAGAUGAAAUAAUAAUAAAUAAUAAGUUAAGUGGAAUACUAAAAUUAUUGAGUUUCUAUCGAAGCUUAUGAAUGUUUUUCACGACGUAAGUUGAUACCUAUUAGGGAAUGGUCACGGUUUAAAUCAAAUCUAAAAUACUUUAAUUUUAAUGAAAACCAUAAUAAAUUAUUGCUCACGAUUCUAUAAAGAGUAUAGAAUCUGGAAGAUAUCCAAAUAAUUACAACAUAGUACAUAGUUUCGAAACUAUAAUUAGUCUAAAAACCACUUAAACCACCAUAAAAUAAUUUUAUUGACGAAAGAAAUUCGCUUCUAGCGUUAAUGAUUAUAUGGCUCUUAGGACCAACGCACACCUGCGGAAGAUACUGAGAAUAAAUACAUUUAAAAUACAUCAUAACUACUAUGGCAUACGGAUAAAAAUUAUUCUAUUUUCAAAGAAGCUUGACGCCUGCAUCGGUGUGCGCUAGGCCUUACAGUUGUUAUCUCAAUCAUAGUAUUAAGGGCAUCGCAUUUAUAAACGUAACCGUAGACAAUAUUUGUAACGUACUUAAAUGGAACACAUUCCAUUUUUAAAUUUUCAAAUGAGUAUUGUUCUUUGUGGUGCUAACUUGCUAAGAUUGUUUUUUUUUUCGUAGAUUUUUUGAAGACGAUGAAACUAUUUGGUUUGUACUUAUUUUAGCCUUAUUACGAACUUGGUGCGGUUAAUAAUUAUUGUUGUUGAUUUGUUUACAUCCUUAUGGCUAUAGAAAUAAGGUUGAAUCUAGUUUUGUACUGUUUUCAUUAGCCGCAUAUCGUUAACCUUUUAUUUGUGGUUUGAUUUGAUGGAAUUACCAAGUGACUGAUUUAGCAUAAAUGCAAAUAGUACAACUAUUGAAUAUUUUUUCUAUCGCAUAAUACAUUAGUAUAUGAAUUACCUAUAUGUAUACUAUCCUGUUGUAUAUAAUUUAUAGGGGCCAGUAUAUUAUAAUACGUAAUCUACUUAAGUUUAAAUGUUUCUUAAAUCAAAACACGAAAGUCUUCGCAUAAAAAUAAGAAAUAAAUUGUUCAAUAUUAUUAUUGUACUGUUAUUUUAAUAAAAAUAUAUUUUUGUA